UUUAUUGUGUUCAAAUUAAAGGAGGGCGGAACUGUAGAAAUUUGAGAGCUGAGGUAUGGUCUCGGGUGUCACCUUCCGAGGUACCCAUGAGGACUUGAUGAAGACUCAACACAUUGACACAAGUGUCGAGCCAUCAGUCAGACUCACGGCCUCAACUCAAAACUCUAGAGCGAACAGGGCACCAUGUCUCUUGCACGCAAAUCCCCGAGGAGGAGAUCCGGGAAGAGAGGUGGACCGCUGGUGUCCAAUCUCAUCAUGAACGCCAUCUCCUCUUACGGGGGUCCGGGCGGCAUGACCCUGGUCGGCCUCAAGAGGGUCCUUAAAGCCAAUGGUUACGACGUGGUGCGCAACAAAGGACGGAUCCGCCUCGCGCUGCGCCGCCUGGUGGCCAGAAAGUACGUCGUGCGCGGCAGGGGCGCCGGGGGACGCGGAGUCUUCCGGAUCAAUCGCUACAGAGCGAGGAGGCGCAGGAGAAGGAGGAGGCGGAGAGUGGGAAGGCGACGGAGGAGACGAAGAAGGCGAUACAGGGGGAGGAGGAGGCGGAGGAGGAGAAGGAGGAGAAGGAGGAGGAGGGGCCGAAGCAGGAGGAGACGAAGGAGGGCCCCCUCCAGGAGAAGGAGGAGAAGGAGAAGGAGGAGGAGGAGGAUGUCCUUGCGGAGGAGGAGGAGGAGGAGGAUGUCUGUGAGGAGAAGGAGAAGAAGGAGGUUGAUGUCUGUGAGGAGAAGGAGGAGAAGGAGAUUGUCUGUGAGGAGGAGGAGGAGAAGGAGGAGAAGGAGGACUUCCGUGAGGAGGAGGAGGAGAAGGAGGUCCUCCGUCAGGAGGAGGAGGAGGAGGAGGAGAAGUAGGAGGAGGAGAAGGCCGAGGAGAAUCAGGAGAAGGAGAUACAGACGCAGGAGAAGGGCCAGGUCCACCAGGAGGACCCGCAGGAGGAGAAGGAGAAGGAGGAGGAGCGCGUAUUAAAAAGCUCUCGGAUGGACUCGUAAUCUGACAUUUUGUAUAUUUUGCAGUGCCUACAGUUUACUCUUCUUGGAAUAUUUAUUCUUUAAAUCUACUGAGACUGUCAUUUUAUAGCAACCUGUUACCAUUUCCUUUCCAUUUAUAUUCUAUGAUGUAGCGUGUGAACAAUAAAAUAUGGAGAAAACCCAA